AGAUGCACACUUCCCCUAAAGAAGCCUCCGAGCGUGGCCGCGACUCCGGGCCUCAAGCCCAUAAAGAAAAAAUACCGGAGACGUUCUGGCACCAUUUCGGGGUAAAGAAGCUGCCAUGGAAGAGCCUGCAGCUCCCUCAGAAGCCCACGAGGCAGCCGGGGCCCAGGCAGGUGCUGAGGCAGCAGGGGAGGGUGUGUCUGGGCCGGACCUUCCCGUCUGUGAGCCCUCCAGGGAAUCUGCUGCUCCAGAUUCAGCCCUGCCACAUGCGUCUGUGGGCUGGGCCCCCUUCCCUGUAGCUCCAGUCCCUGCCCACCUCCGCACAGGAGGCCUGAGGCCUGCCCCAGCCUCAGGAGGAGGAGCAUGGCGCAAUCCGUUUCCAAGCCGAAGCAGCGGCAUUUGGACAAAGCAGAUCAUCUGCAGGUAUUAUAUACAUGGGCAGUGCAAGGAGGGGGAGAACUGUCGCUAUUCCCACGACCUUUCUGGUCGGAAGAUGGCCACUGAGGGCAGCGUUUCGCCGCCUGGGGCCUCUGCAGGUGGAGGCCCUAGCACGGCUGCGCACAUCGAGCCCCCGACUCAGGAAGUGGCGGAAGCCCCCCCGGCUGCAUCCUCCCUUUCCUUGCCUGUGAUUGGCUCGGCUGCUGAAAGGGGUUUCUUUGAAGCCGAGAGAGACAAUGCAGACCGUGGAGCUGCUGGAGGAGCAGGUGUAGAAAGCUGGGCGGAUGCCAUUGAGUUUGUUCCAGGGCAGCCCUACCGGGGCCGCUGGGUUGCAUCUGCCCCCGAGGCUCCUCCACAGAGCUCAGAGACUGAGAGGAAGCAGAUGGCUGUGGGCAGGGGGUUGCGGUUUUGCUAUUAUGCUUCCAGGGGAGUUUGCUUUCGUGGGGAGAGCUGUAUGUUCCUCCAUGGAGACAUAUGCGACAUGUGUGGGCUGCAGGCCUUGCACCCCAUGGAUGCUGCCCAGAGGGAAGACCAUAUAAGGGCCUGCAUUGAAGCACACGAGAAAGAUAUGGAACUCUCGUUUGCUGUGCAGCGUGGUAUGGACAAGGUGUGUGGCAUCUGCAUGGAGGUUGUCUAUGAGAAAGCCAACCCCAAUGAUCGCCGCUUUGGCAUUCUUUCCAAUUGCAACCAUACCUUCUGUAUUAGGUGUAUCCGCAGGUGGAGAAGUGCCAGACAGUUUGAUAACAGGAUCAUCAAGUCUUGCCCGCAGUGCAGGGUCACCUCCGACUUGGUCGUUCCCAGUGAGUUCUGGGUGGAGGAGGAGGAAGAGAAGCAGAAACUUAUUCAGCAAUACAAGGAGGCAAUGAGCAACAAGGCCUGCAGGUAUUUUGCGGAAGGCAGGGGUAACUGCCCAUUUGGAGACACAUGCUUUUACAAGCAUGAAUACCCUGAGGGCUGGGGAGAUGAGCCUCCUGGGCCAGGUGGUGGGUCGUUCGGCGCAUACUGGCAUCAACUUGUGGAGCCUGUGCGAAUGGGAGAGGGCGACAUGCUCUAUAAAAGCCGUAAGAAGGAGCUUGUCGUGCUUCGACUGGCCAGUCUGUUGUUUAAGCGGUUUCUUUCACUGAGAGAUGAGUUACCCUUCUCUGAGGACCAGUGGGACUUGCUUCAUUAUGAGCUGGAAGAAUAUUUCAAUUUGAAUCUGUAGCAUUGUGCUGUGGCAUGUGGUCUAGUCUGCUGAGGUUCUGUCGUCUGCUAUUGCCUGUUUUCCCUGUGUUGACACUCUUAUUGCUUUCAGGGGCUAUUGAGGCAGUGCUUCUGUUUUCUUGUCUAUUCUGCAUAUCUUUCCCCCUAGGAUUAUGGUGAUUAUCUGUGUUAAAAAAAAAUAAGUCCUUAAAGUUACUGUUUUGGUGAAAUUAAUAUUAAUGUCAGCUUAUGGCUUUUUUUGUCAUCUCUGUUUUCAACAGGAUUAACUCAGUUCUAGUGUAGUGUUUAUUGAAUUUCCACACUUAUUUUGAAGACCCUCAAGAGUAAAUGUGGCAGAGUGAAAGGAGAAGUUUUAAUUGAACUAGUAGCUUUGUGCUAUAAUAGCCUUAACAAAUGGACCCUCGCAGGGUCUUGCAGCUGCUCAUCUGUUUACAGUUUGUUCUUUCCCUCCUUCCCCUUCAAGUGCACUUGUUAAACUGUGAUGAACUUGUGAUUUUGUGUUUUACUUGACCAAAACCAAGUGUAUAUGUUUACAUGUUUUUAUCCUGUUUAGCUUGACAUGAAAUAAUUUAUAUUUGGAAAUAUAUAUUUAAGAAUGAUAUAUAUAUAAUAUAUAUGUAUAAGAGCUAUGUAUUUGAAAAUAUAUAUAAAAGAACAUACAUCACAAUAUUUAUGUUUAUGUAAUAAAGUAAAUACAGAGCCGAAAGCUGAAGGUCAAAGCCUAACAGGAUUGGCUGUUGUGUGGAUGUGAGUUGUGUGAAUAAUCAUUCUGUCCCUUGCACAGAAGCCAGUAAUUAGCAUCUAAUGAAAAGGACUGUUCAAGUGGGUCUGGCCAAAUGUAACAGAUGCAGAUCUUAGAGGACUUACAAAGCACUAUAUUGGUAAUUCUUACAAUGGCAUUAAUAGCUCACUCUAUAAAAACAGAAAUGGUGUUCCUAUGCAGUUUAGCCACCUUCUCAAUAAUUCUUUGUAACAGCAAAUCCUAGGCUCAGAGGCACAGUGCUUUGUAUUUGAUAUACAAAGUCUCUAGACUUUCCCAACAAGGGGCUUUAGACAAAAGAUUUCAACAUUAAAGUAACAAGAUUAUAAAAGGGAAAAUAGAACAAAAAUACUAAAACCAGUGAGAAUAAAAUAAUGGAAAGAUAAUAAAAUAUAGAAAGCACUAAAAACUAAGUGUAAGAGUAAUAUAGAAAAUUUACAUACAACUUAGAUUAAAUGAAAGCAGUUUAAAGACUGAAAGUCAAAGGCUAUAAGACUUCAUUACAAUCAAAAUGAAACAUCCUAUUUAAAAUACACACAACAUAAAAAUACAGAAGCAUUCAAAGUAGUAAGAUGGGAAAAAAAAACAAACAGGUGCUGUGACUGUCUUGAUUGUAGACAAUGUUUAUGGUAAGGAUAAAUAUUUUGCUGGAGAUAAAAAGGAAUGAUACAUAAACAUCAAAUUGUAAUUCACAGGAAUAUAUAACUGUUCAAAUUUUGUAUACAUUUAAUAACGUUGUAUCAGAUACACAACUGAUAAAAAUAGAAAAUCCUAACUCCAGACUCUUAGUGGACAAUUUUAAUACACCUUUUUAGUAACCAGACAAGCAAAGAAGAAAUGAAUGUGGAAGAUAAUUAUGCCAUUUUAAUGACUUACCUGCAUAACUUAAGAUCUGCAUCAACUGCAGAUGCACUUAUCUUGGCUGAAGUAGCCGAAAAAUAUGCUAGGAGUCUGAAUCGUGAGUCCCAGGUUAUUCACACUGUCCUCACUGUCCAACGAAUAUGGCAUAUUUAAGAGUUUUUAUACCAUGUAAUUUGCAUGCAAAAGGAUGAAUUUGUCAGAACUACCUAAUGUGGUACUUGCUAUAAUUUUUCUCAUUAUCCUGAUGAGGUAAAUAAUAGAGAAUUUAAAGGUUUUGCCCAUAGAGUUUAUGACCCAUAGCUGUGAAUUAGUGGAACAAAGACUGGAACUCAGUGUAUGUCCAGAGCAGUUGCACUUACCAUGUUCACUAGGAGCAGGUGGACUAGCUGAGUGUAGCUGCUGGAGACGCAAGUACAGCCUUUAAGUGUGGAUGCUUCAGCCAAGUGGAGCAAAGAUGGACAUGAAUAAGCUCCCGCAGAACAUAGGAGCCAUGGGGCUUUCAUCUAUAGGCUGCCAGCUCAGUGAUUUUAGUCCACUGCUUCAGAAUGUGCCUCAGCCUCCUCUAAUUUUACAUUGCCUCUCCCUUCUUACAUGACUCCUGGUGCUAGUAAGUACCUCAGCCUAUUUGCCUGGACCUUUUGCCAUAUUCCUUUCCUCUUGAUUCCUCUUAGCGAAAGAAUUCACCAAUUAGGACACCCUUGAUGCCUGACUAUCACUGGCAUGCAAGGUGAGUGACAGAUUCCAAAUAAAUUCCAAACAUCUGAGGUUCCUGCCCUGCAGUGGUGCAGGAGAAAGAGAGAUUAGAUGAACUAAACAACCAAAGAAUGAGACCAGAUGGUGUAUUCUCAAAGACUGUGCCAACACCAAAGUCUCAAAAAAUGAGUCCCAGUAGUGGCAAAGCUUUCAGAGAGGUGUUUUUAAGCUGAGCCCAGAAAGCUGUGGAAAGUUUCUCCAAAUGUACACUUCCCUGCAUUGUGAAAUACCAUGUUUUUAUUCAAACCGUAUCUCAAGCCAGAUAAUCGUAAAGUUCAGGAUUUAUAGUAGGACAAUGGUUAGUAGAAAAUAAAGUGGCUUGGGAGACAAAAGGGUAGUUAGAAUGCUGACUCUGCUUCUUACUAACCAUUCAGUUUCACAGUCUAAGGAAGUUACUUAAUUUUCUGUACUUCAGUUUCUUCAUAUGAGAAAUGGGUACAGUUCCACCUACUUUUGCAGGAUUGUUGUGAGGAUCAAAUGUAGUCUGGACAAAAAGCUCGAAACAUAGGUUUGUUGGUUUGUUUUUUUUUUUAGUGAUCUAUAUAGAUGUGAGAUUUGUGCAUAUUUUUGGACAUGAAAAGGUGAUUGCACAGAAAUUAAUCACCAAGAUUUUCUUUUUGAGAAUCUUUGGAACUUGUAUUAAUGUAACAUUAUCAUUUAAUGAUUAUUUUGGUAAGCAAGGGGUAUAUUACCCUCACAUUCAUAAUUUCAAAAAGAUGAAGUAUUUUUUCAGCAAAAACUAUUCAGUUGAAACUAAAUAUGUGCUAUUCAGUUACUUAAAAUAUAACAAAAGAAAUACAUAUUUUUGGCAGAUUUCUAAGUGAGGAAAAUAACAAAGGGACAUUUUUAGAAUAUAUGGGAUUCCUUGUUCCCUCAUCAGUUCAUUCAGAAAAAUGUCAAAUAACGGAAGUAUUACUGCCACCAAGUCUGGGUGAAGUGUUACCAAGGGCUUUCCCACGAUCUGACCACUCCCCUGCUGCAGUCAGGAACAAAGAAAGCUUUGCCACACAAAGGCCUGCUCUGUGAGUGAUGCAGUGUGUGUGCAGGCCCUCACCCCUAGGAGGACUUAGGGAUUCUGCCCUGGGGUCUACAAAAAUGGUAUCAUUUCA